AUGUCCUCUGGAGCCUCCUACUUCAGAGUGGGGGCCCAAGUGGUCUGUGAGGAGACCAACUGCUAUAGGGUCCUACCAAUAGGCUCCACUGUCAGAGUAAAAUACGUACUGGUGGACUCAAACAGCAAAACAAUACGUUCUGAAACUAGCUGGUGCCCAACCUCGAUGUCCUGGUCCUCCAUAGAUGAGUUUAUAGGGAAGCGCUCUGGUGGAAUGGUGGUCAUCACAGUCAUCUCUUCCUGUCUGCUGGCUGUCCUGCUACUACUGCUGGGAGCUGUGCUGCUGCUGGACGGAUUUAAGUAUGUUCUCAUCAACCCAGCGAACAAGACGGUUGUUGCGGAGUCUGUCUGGUCCAACAACAUCACUCUUUACUCUUUUGUGUCUCUGGAUUAUAUUCCUGAGAUCCUCCCCUAUGAGGCGAGCGGCAGGGUAACCAGCAGUACCAUUGUGCUGGGCCAGCCUCUGUGCUACUUCAACACACUGACCCAGCUCAAAUGCAGUCAAAGCACCUGUCAAGUAUGGGCUGCCAUCGCCUCUGGACCAGGCGUCAACAACUUUGACAUUGACAAGCUGGAACCAGUACAGAUCGUCAGUGCCUCUCCAUACCCUAUGGCCUUCAGCAGUCAGACUAAUAGAAUGUAUUUCGUCACCAAAUUGGGACGCCCUAAGGACUUCCCCUGUGACCAGUUGCCUGGCAUCAAGUACUUCAGAGUAGGUGCGGCGGGAAACUGCACCAGCACCAACUGCAAUGGGGUCCUACCUCCGGAUUCCACUGUCAGGGUGAAGUACAUCCUCAUUGAUCCAGUCUCCAGAGGCGUGGUCUCGGAGUCUAAAUGGUCAUAUCCCAUUUCUCUAACAUCAAUGAAGUCCUGGUCCUCCAUAGAUGAGUGGAUAGGGAAGCGCUCUGGUGGAAUGGUGGUCAUCACAGUCAUCUCUUCCUGUCUGCUGGCUGUCCUGCUACUACUGCUGGGAGCUGUGCUGCUGCUGGACUGUUUGGGAUCAUUCCGUCGAGGCCAUGACAUCACCACUUGACAUGGGAUACUGGGACAAUACUCAUACUAACUUCCUCCACUCUCAGACCAGUCCAGCACUCCUCAAGACAUGUAUGUGACCAUUGAUGUGGAUACUCACUGUGCAACUAGCAUAGCCCUAGGAUAGAAAGAUGCGUAUGGUUAUACCUUAUGUUAAUGUUCGGAUGCCAUUUCUACAUUGCCUUGCAAAAGUAUUCAGACCCCUUGGAUUACUUCACAUUUUAUUGUGUUACAAAGAUAAAAAUGGAUGUAAUUGUCCUUUUUUUGUCAACAAUCUACACAAAAUACUCUGUCCAAGUCGAAGACAAAUUCUAACAUUUCUUAAAGAUUAAUAAAAACAAUGAUCAAUCA